GUAUUUUACAUCAUUCUUUUUGUCUAUUCUCUGUACAGUGUUUGUUUUUCUUCCUUUCAAUACUCUUAAAAUUUGUUAAUAUAAUUUAAAGCUUCAUAGUAAAGUCUUUACCAAUGCAUUAGCUCAGUAUGUUUGUGUAUUUUAAGCAGAUUAAAGAGUACCAUUGUCCAGCUGGAUCAUGACAAGUGUUCUGUAUUUUGGUCUUUUCAAGGGCGAGGAUGAGGCAGUGCGUGCUCCCAUCCCACAAAGGCAGGAAGUGCUGGUUGAGGGUCCAGAUGAACUCUCUUUCUCAUUUCGUGGCAGACGCAGAGUAGCACGAUCAGUUUUUGAUAAAUUUCGGGACUUCCAAGCAGAGACAAAGCGUCAAGAGGAGGAGUUGUUAGCAAGUGCUGCAAGGGAGGAGUCUGUGGCAGCAGGAGCAUCUACAAGCAACACUAAUGCUCUUCCCACUCAUCGAAGUCGCCGAAAAAUGAAGACCUUAGAAGACCUCUUCAGACCACCUAUUGAUCUCAUAUAUCGAGGCACAUUCCAGGCUGCUCGAGAUGCAGGUGUAUCAAGAAAGCGCUGGUUGAUGGUUAAUAUUCAAGACUCCAGUGAAUUUCAAUGUCAAGUUUUAAAUAGAGAUGUGUGGUCCAAUCCUGCAGUGAAAACCAUAAUUAAGGAGCACUUCAUUUUUUGGCAGGUUUAUCAUGAUAGUGAAGAAGGGCAGCGAUACAUGAUGUUCUAUCAAGUGGGAGAGUGGCCACAUGUAGCAGUUCUGGACCCCAGAACUGGGGAGAACUUAGUUACCUGGCACAAGCUAGAUGCUGUGACAUUUUGUGACCUGGUCACAGAGUUCUUGUCUGCACACCCAGGCUUGGAUGAGAGUUCACCACUGCCAAAGAAACAAAAAUUGGAAUUGAAGGAGAGCAUCAUAGAAGCCGAUGAGGAAUCCCAGAUAGAGGCUGCAAUUAAAGCCUCUCUUGCCGAAGACACGAGCAGUAAGUCGAGUCCAACAACAGCCGAUGAUGACGACGACGACGAUGGCAAAGAUGACUCGGACACACUGGAGACGUUUGAUUCUGAUGCAGAGGAAAUAGAUUAUUCUCUUGAUAAUAAAAUUACAGGGAAGGAAUCUGUGAAGAGAACAUUCAAUGGUGAUAAAAUUUUAAACGGAAGAAAAUUAACAAGUGCCGAUGAAGAUAAAAAGACCGAAAGUAAUAAUUUGCAUGUUGAAGAAAAGUCGUCAGACUUUGAAGAGAGCAGCACGAGUAGUGAAGAAGAGUGGAAGAUGUACCUCGGGUCGUCUGGUGACCCUGAAUCUAAACUAAUUCUCAGACUGCCAGAUGGUUCCAGAGAUAUUGUCUCCAUGCCGUCGACAUCUAAACUAAUGGCCUUGGUGAAAUAUGUAGGUACGAAGGGCUUCAGCAACGAGCAGUAUGAAUUGGUUACAAAUUUUCCCCGGCGAGAAAUUUCCUACAUGGACUUUAAUGUAACCUUAAGAGAUGCUGGAUUAUUCCCUCAAGAAACCAUAUUUAUACAAGCUAGAUAACCUUUUAAUACAUAGUAAAUUAUAUACUAAUAUUUAACAACAGUUGGGUAUUGCUGACUUUUACAUUAUUGAUUAUAAAAUAAAAUGCUUUCUGAAAAACUCAUGCCAGUGAUACCUUUAUAAAUUUAAGUAUAAAUAAGUUUAUAUUCUGAUUCAGAAUAUAUCCUCAGGUCUAAGAUGGGUUCAUUUUAUUUUUGUAAAAUAAAUCCCUUAGAUAUUUUAAUAACAAUUAAAAGAAGAAUUGAAA